AUGGAUCCAAAAAACCCUAGCUAUUUUUCAAUUUCCAGCAAUAUAGACUACGAUUUGGACGAUCAAGUUACUGCUGAUGUUAACUUGAACAAUGUUAAACUCAAUACAUUGUCUGCGAGUGAACAAGAAAAAGAAGAUGAGAGAAUGUGGCAAGGGGUUCAAGCUUUCUUUUGCAAUCGAUACACAGAAGCACAAGAAAUCUUUGCUGAAAAAGCAGACAUCGAUCCCUUAUAUGCUCUAGGUCAGGGAUGUAUUUCAUUUUUAAAAGCGGUAACAACUUUUAACGAGCAAGAUAUUGCUAUAGCAAUUAAACAACUUGUUUCUGCGGAAUCCUUAGCUAGUGCACAAAUAGGAGCAUUUAAAUCACAAUCAAGCGUAGGAUCAAGUUUUGGAAAACUUAUAUCCAGUUUAAGUUACUUUGGAAAUAAUAAUAAAAAUCAACAAUUUAUGUCAAAUGGACAGUUAAGAAGUACUGUUAUUAAAGCUGAAUCAAUAUUGUUGAUAGCUCUUAUUCAAUUACUUCAAGAAAGUAUCGUUAGUUAUGUAAAAGCAGGAUUGAAUUUAAGACGAGGUUAUAAAAACUAUGAAAGUGUGUGGAAUGAAAUUAACAAACCUGGUUUCAAUGUACCUGUCGAUUAUCAUACUCAAGGCGGCGUAGAAUUCGGUUAUGGAACGUGUAAUCUUGUACUUUCUUUUAUGCCCGGAAAAAUUAUCAAAAUUAUAUCCGCUAUAGGUUAUAAGGGGAAUAAAGAAUUGGGUUUAGAAUUAUUGAACGCGUCUUUAAAAGGAAGAGGAAUUAGAUCGCCAUUGGCAUCUCUCCUUUUUGUAACAUCAUAUACAAUGUUGACUUCUUUUUCGCCAUCCACUUUGGGUCAAGAUAAUAUACCGAAAGCCGAAGAAUAUAUUCAGGAUGCUUUGAAUCAAUUUCCUGGUUCCGAUUUCUUCACCUUUUUCGCUGGUCGUAAUCUUCGACUUAAACGUGAUCUGGACGCGUCUACCGAAGCAUUCAUAUCAGUAAAUCAUAACCUGAAAGAAGGAUUUGGUGUCGAAUUAAGACGUUUAUGUGACUAUGAACUGGGGAUGAACUAUGCAAUGACUUUACAAUGGGAAAAGGCUGUGGAAUGUUUUGAUAUACUUGCAACUGAGAACUAUUGGAGCCCUGCAUUUUUCCGUUUUGCGUGUAUGAAGAAAGAAGAUUUGAUUCGUUGUUUAGAUAUAGUUAAUUCGAAAAUAGAAUCUAUAAGUAAGAUCGAUAAACAAAAUCCAGUCGAUUCACAAUGUAUGCUUCGUCUUAUCAAGGGUUCGAUAUUGAACCAGCUUCAUAAAUUCCCAGAGGCUAGUCAAUGUUUCAGUUGGAUAUUUGAUCAUAAUGACGACAUUGUCGACGAUAAAUUUAUUGAGCCAUUUGCUUAUUGGGAAAUGGGAGUAGCUGCGUUUUUAAAAGGUCAUUUAGAAAAGGCUAAAUUGUCAUGGGAGGAAGCUGCUAAUUUCAAUGGAUAUGAAUUUGAAUUUAGACUUGCGAUGCGUUUACAUUUAUCCUUAAUGAAAAUCUGGAUGUUAGCAGUCGGUUCGAUCGAUUUUGUGCUCUGGAAGAUUUUCGCUGUUGCUGAAAUUGCAGUCAUUGUUGAUGAUUUCUAUUUCCAAGAUAUCACGAAAGAAGAUUUUAAAAAAGAAUAA